AUGGGCGAGGAAAAGCCAGAGACGUUGGACUUCGUCAAAGACUUCCAAGAGUAUCUCAGCCAGCAGACUCAACAUGUGAACAUGAUCUCAGGCUCCGUCAGUGGCGUCAAAGAGGUGGACGAUUUACCAGCAGGUAGGCCUAGCCAAGAAUGUCCAAGGAACUCGGUUAUUUUCAGAGGUAGACUGGCUCUGGCAUUCAAAACAGCCAAAUACUCCAUAAAAAAUUUAAUUUGCGAUACGGUUCUAGAAACAUAAAGCCCUUUACCUUCAUAUCACAUCCUGGCUUUAUCACAGUUGCAGCCAACAGUAUUUUUCAGUUUUAACAUAUUUCUGGCGGCCUUCCGUUACACACACAGGUGUUCAGAGCAUGCUAGCCUAGAUAGCUAAUUAGCACAGAUGGUCACCUCUGUCUUCUGUAAACACGCUCUGUAACAUGGACAUAUGGCUGUGUGGGAACCUUAACCCUAUAAAGGUGUGUAGUAAUUCAACUAUUUUUUUAUUACUAUUAUUUCUCGCUGAUAUGACAGAUACGUUCCUUAUGUUUCCAAAACUGUACCGUACGUUCAGACCGAGCAUUGGAACUCUUAACAAAAAUUCCCCGGGAAGAAGAUACCUUCAUCAAUAGGUGCUAAAGGUAGUUAGCGUCUAUGAAUGGGGUAAGGUAGGCCUAACUAUGGCACCCAACACGCAGACCAUAAUUUGACUGUCAACAGACUCUUGCCCUUGUCCUCCAGUUAUACAGACGCAAACUGUUUUAUCCAAACUGUUUCAUCGAUGACUCUUAUCAUUCUAAAACCCAUUAAUGCGAGUGAGUGUAAUUAUUUCUCUAUAAUAGAUAUUUCCCUUGAACCUGUCUGUUAUGAUUAUUCCUGUACCUGUGCAGACUGCAGUCAGAAUGGGAUGGACCACCCCUCAGCGGAUAUGUCCCUUGACGACGGCUCAGGGAUGCUGGUGGAUGGCUUCGAGAGAACAUAUGAUGGCAAACUCAAGUGCCGUUACUGUAACUAUGCCACCAGAGGCACAGCACGACUCAUUGAGCACAUCCGCAUUCAUACAGGUGAGCUUGAAUGGCCCCGUAAACACCAUGCACAUGCUACCAGGUGAUAUAGGACUAGAUUCAUCACUAGCUGAGCAUUUUCCCUUAUAGAAAGCUUGCACCCUUUAUUUUCAUUAGGCCUAGUUAGAGUAAUCAAAGACAAAAAGCUAAAAACAUUAACAUUUCAUCCUAAGACCUAAUUCUUCCUUGUAAUUCUUUCUCCCUCUUUCCUCUUUUCAAACAGGAGAGAAACCCCACAGAUGUCACCUGUGCCCCUUCGCCUCCGCCUAUUUGCGCCACCUAGAGGCCCACAUGCGCUCCCACACGGGAGAGAAGCCUUACAAGUGUGAGCUGUGCUCCUUCCGCUGCAGUGACCGCAGCAACCUGUCACACCACCGCCGCCGCCGGCACAAGCUCUUACCAAUGAAGGGCGCUCGCUCCUCUCUCUCCCACAAGAAGAUGCUGAGCGUCUUGCAGAAGAAGACCAGCCUGGGCUACGGUCGCCGGCUCCUCAUCAACUUCAGCCCCCCCUCCAUGGUGGUGCACAAGGCUGAGCACCUGGAUGAUUACUCCCAUGAGCUGCCCCACCUGCGCCAGGAGACCUACGACGACCAGGGUGCUGGUGGAGAUGGUAGCUCAAUGGACGAACACCACAAUCAUCACCACAACUUGGUCAUGGACAACCCCCUUAACCAACUCUCCACCCUGGCCGGCCAGCUGGCCAGCCUGCCCUCAGAGGCUGAAGGCCAGACCCAGCAGCCUCCCAUGUCUCCAGGUGCAGAGUCCUGUGUGGACGAGAAGCCCUUCCUCAUCCAGCAGCCUCACCCAGCCACAGCUCCUGCUGCUGUGUCAGCCAGCGCUGCCCACGCCUCUUCCUCCCCCAUCACCCCAGAGCCCAGGCCCCCACCACCCAGCAACUGCAGCCCCGGGGCAGGUCCCUGCAGCGAGCACAGUGGGCGCACCAGUACUCCCAGCAUCACCAACAGCCAGCCCAGCACACCAGCCCCGGGCCUGCCCUCUCUGCAUCAAGACCCCCAGAUGCUGCACCACUGCCAGCAUUGUGACAUCUACUUCCCUGACAACAUCCUGUACACCAUCCACAUGGGCUGCCACGGCUACGAGAACCCCUUCCAGUGCAACAUCUGUGGCCACAGGUGCAGGAGCAAGUACGACUUUGCCUGCCAUUUUGCCAGGGGGCAGCAUAAGCAGUGA